AUGUUCGACAUGCCCAUGGUUAUCAUUACCUCGACAGAGCGCACCCAAUUUAGACAAAUUGCAAAUAGGUUACACUCAACACGAAAGGCUAUCCCUCUUAACAAUUACACAGAGCCAGCCACACAGAACCAGUUGGUCAGGAUGGUCCGAGACAGUCUGGGUCGACUGGCAUCUGGAAAAAGUAUGAUCGACUAUUCGGCGGCUAUUUUGCAGGCUUAUGAUAAUUUAAUGCCGAAAAAUGCGACCCCUGCUGAUAGCGAGUCAAUUUCAGCCGUAUUCAGGGCGAUCAUCGACGACCUGCGCUACAGCUGCGCCCAGUUGGGGUUCACGCAAAACCUUCGAAUCAAAAGGCACAUUCAACGCAGCCCGCUGGUCCGAAUUGUCUCCAGAAUGGAAAGACCCAAUCUAGAACAGAAGGUAUCAGGUCUCGCUUGCCAUCAGCCAGUCUUCCUAGUUCAUACAAAUGGUCCGUGUCAGAUGGCUCGCGGGGCGGAGAUGAACAAAUCUGGACCGGGCCUGGAUCUGUUGCAUCGGCUGCUCAGAGUCUACCUCCACCUGCCUGACAAGCCGUCUGGUAAGACCGGCAAAAGCCGGACAGAGGCUGGUUCGAUGAGUGUUGGAAGUACCAAAAGUGUCCGUGAAGAGGCGAAUAUGACUGCGGCUGAGGCUGCCGCUAUCGCCGCCGAGGCUGCCCUCGCCGCUAUGGCCGAGGCGACGGCCGACGCCAACGCUUUGAGCGUCGAAUGGACCAACUCGGUGAAGGGGCUCGGCUUGCGUCUGGUGGACAUGCAGGUGGGAAUAUCGGAAACCAGCAAUAUGCUAAUGAAUCUUGGCCUCACUUCAAUGGGCCCCAGAGAACGGAGUCUGCACGAGGCCUGCGCUCAGUGGGAGACGUCCGGAGGGGAAAAUGAGCCCAUUGUUCGCCUUGCUUUCCCAAAAGGUGUUCUCAUCCAGGCUGAAGUGGACGACAGUUUCGACCUCGCAACAACCUCCCAACCGGGAGUCGAACGAUACAGAUGCAGCGUGUAA